GCGCGUCGCGCCGUCCGCGUGACGCGCGCGGUCUCGACCGCCGCGCCCGCGGCGUCGUCGCAGCCGACGUCUCCGAGAUCGACGUCGCCGUCCAAUCCGAACGCGCCGACGUUCCAGGACGCCAUCCUGCGCCUGCAGCAGUACUGGUCGAGCCAAGGGUGCGCGAUAUGGCUCCCGCACAGCACCGAGGUGGGCGCGGGGACGAUGAACCCCGCGACGUUCCUGCGAGCGCUCGGCCCGGAGCCGUGGAGCGUGUGCUACCCGGAGCCGUCGAUUCGCCCGGACGACAGCCGGUACGGGGACAACCCGAACCGCGUGCAGCGGCACACGCAGUUCCAGGUCAUCCUGAAGCCUGACCAGGGGAACGCGCAGGAGCUGUACUUGGGCUCGCUGGAAGCGCUGGGGAUCGACACGAGAGCGCACGACCUGAGGUUCGUCGAGGACAACUGGGAGUCCCCCGUGUUGGGCGCGUGGGGUUUAGGCUGGGAGGUUUGGCUCGACGGCAUGGAGGCGACGCAGUUCACGUACUUCCAGCAGUGCGGCUCCCUGAAAGUCGCGCCCGUCGCGGUGGAGAUCACGUACGGGUUAGAGAGGAUCUUGAUGUCGUUGCAGGGCGUGGACCACUUCAAGGACAUCAGGUACAACGACGCGAUGACGUACGGGGAGAUGCUGCUUCAGAACGAGUACGAGAUGUCCAUGUUUAACCUGAAAGAGGCGGACGUCCCGGCGCAUCAGACGCGGUUCGAACUCGCGGACAAAGAAGCGAACCGGAUGCUCGAAGCGCGGCUGCCGUUGCCCGCGUUCGAUCAGCUCCUGAAGGCGAGCCACACUUUCAACAUCCUGGACGCGCGCGGCGCCGUCGGCGUCACCGAGCGCGCGAAACUCUUCGCGAGCAUGCGAAAGCUCGCGAGAGAGUCCGCGCAGCUGUGGGUGGAGCGCCGAGAAGAGCUCGGAUACCCGCUCGGGGAGUGGGAGCAAGCCGCGGUCGGGGACCCGGUCGUCUCGAAGGCGCCGCCGCCGACGGAGGCGGCGGAUUUCUUCGUCGAGAUCGGCACUGAAGAGCUCCCGGCCGCGGACGUCACCACCGGCGCGAAGCAGCUCUUGAACGCGGUGAAGGCGUGCCUCGAGACCGCGGGGUUAAAGCACGACGGCGUGACGUACGGCGCGACGCCGCGACGCAUGGUCGUCAGAGUCGCGAACCUCGCGGCGUCGCAGGAGAGCAAAGAAGAACGCAACCGCGGUCCGCCGCUGUCGCGCGCGUUCGAGGAGGACGGCACGACGCCGACGAAAGCGGCUCUCGGUUUUUGCAAGAAGAACGGCGUCGACCCCGCGGACCUGGAGAAGGAUGGCGAGUACAUCUGGGCGAACGUGAAGACCACGGGCAAAGCCGCCGUGGACGUCUUGAAGGAAGCGCUCCCGGGGAUGGUGUCGUCGAUCAACUUCCCGAAGACGAUGCGCUGGAACAGCGAGUCGACGUUCUCGCGACCGCUCAGGUGGCUCCUCGCGAUGCACGGCGAGCACCACGUCCCGUUCACCGCGCUGAACGUCCCGUCCGGGUCCACGACGCGUCUGUUACGGAACAGCGCGACGCCGGUGGUGGAGGUGAAGGACUCGGCGCACCACGCGUCCGCGCUCGCGGCGGACACGAUCGAGAUCGACUUCGAGGCGAGGAGGGAAAUGAUCUGGUCCACCGCGGGCGAGCUCGCGGCCGGCGUCGGCGGCGUCGUCCCCGCGAGCUCGGGCGAGCCCGGCGGGCUCAUCGACGAGGUCGUCAACCUCAUCGAGUCCCCGACGCCGAUUCUCGGGAACUUCGACGCGGCGUUUCUGUCCCUCCCGAAGGAAGUUUUGGUCAUGGUCAUGCGGAAGCACCAGCGGUACUUCCCCGUGGAGAACGCGGAGACCGGGGACCUGCUCCCGCAUUUCGUCACCGUCGCGAACGGCGCCGUGGACCCGGACGCGGUUCGCCACGGGAACGAGUGCGUGCUCAAGGCGCGGUACGACGACGCGCAGUUCUUCUACGAGGCGGACACGAGCAAAUCUUUGGCGGACUUCAAACCGAAGCUCGAGGGUAUCACGUUCCAGACCGAGCUCGGGACGAUGCUCGAGAAGACGGAGAGAGUGGAGAAGCUCGCGCCGACGCUCGCGAGGGCGUUGGGGUUCAGCGACGCGGACGCGAAGGUCGCCGCGGAGGCUGCCGCGCUCGCGCGCGCGGAUCUCGCGACGCAGCUCGUGCAGGAGUUCACCUCCCUCGCGGGCGUCAUGGGGAAGCACUACGCCACCAGGGAAGGCCUUCCCGCGCCCCUGUGCGACGCGAUCUUUGAGGCUGCGCUGCCGAGGUCGUCCGGGGAUCUCCUCCCGACGUCCAACGCGGGCGUCGCCGUCGCCGUCGCGGACAGGUUGGACACGCUCGUCGGCCUCUUCGCCGUCGUCGGCGCGCCCAAGGCGACCGCGGACCCGUUCGGGCUCCGCCGCGCCGCGUACGGCGCCGUGCAGGCGCUCGUGUCGUCGAACGUCCGGUGCGACCUUCGCGCGGCGCUGAAGGAGGCGGCGGCGCUGCAGCCGGUGACGUGCGGGGAUGACGUCGUGACGGAGUGUCUGGAGUACGUGACGCGGCGCCUGGAGCAGUUCCUCGUCGACGACGGCUGCGGCGCGGAGGUGGUUCGCGCCGCGCUCGCGGAGCGCGGGGGCGACCCCGCGCUCGCGGCGACGACCGCGCGCGCGCUCGAGACGUUCGUCGGCGGCGACGAGCUCAAGGCUGCGAUCGCGGUGCUCGCGCGUCCGACGCGUCUCGUCCGAGGCAAGGAGCUGCCGGAGGAUUUGGAGGUGAAGAGGGAGAGUUUCGCGGAGGAGGAGGAGACGGCGCUGUGGGACGCGUACGAGAAAGCCGCGGCGAAGAUAGGGGACAAGUCCACCGCGAGCGUGGAGGACUUGCUGAGCGCCGCCGCGCUGCUCGUGGAGCCGUCCGAGGCGUUCUUCGAUAAGGUGUUCGUCAUGGCGGAGGAGCCGGAGCUCAGAAGGAACCGCCUCGCGUUGGUGAACGCGGUGGCGUCGCUGCCGAACGGCGUCGUCGAUCUCGUGGAGAUGCCGGGAUUUUAAUUUAAAACCAGCCCUACAGCGCG